GUUGCUCGUAAUGCUCUGUACAAUUAACAUGAUAAAUUAUGUCGAUCGAGGAGCAAUAGCGAGCAAUGGUGUCAAUGGUAGUAUUGGGAUUUGUGAUGAUAGCGGAAUUUGCAGCGCGGGUAGCGGAAUUCAGGGAGAUUUUAAAUUGAGCAAUUUUCAAGAUGGUGUUCUUUCAUCUGCAUUUAUGGUUGGUCUUCUUAUGGCGUCACCCAUCUUUGCGUCCUUGGCAAAGAGCCACAAUCCUUUUAGGCUGAUUGGAGUUGGAUUAUCUGUUUGGACAUUUGCCACAGCUGGGUGUGGUAGUUCAAUUGAUUUUUGGACCAUUGCAAUAUGUCGUAUGCUGGUUGGAGUUGGUGAGGCAUCUUUCAUAAGUCUUGCAGCGCCGUUCAUUGAUGACCAUGCUCCUGCACCCCAGAAAACAGCAUGGCUUGCAAUGUUUUACAUGUGUAUACCAACUGGAAUUGCUGUGGGCUAUGUUUAUGGAGGAUUUGUAAGUUUUUACAUUUGGAAAGCUAUUUUUUUUUUCAUCAAAUAUAUAAAGUCU